UGGACAUCGUUGUCCGUCGGUGGGGAGCUGGAGCCGGAGCUGGCGCUGGAGCUGCAAACAGAAAAACAGGAAACAGAGAAAAGCAGCCGUUUAUCAACGUUAGAGCAGCGUGGAACCUGAUGGACCUGAAGUGUUUUGGGGAUUAUCUUUCCUGUGCCGUGUUUUAGGUUCACACUUUUAAUGGCCGAGCUGGUUUACGUGGCUGAUACCAAAGGGAUUCGUGGGCCAUUUGAUAACAACAUUUAAACAGUCGUAAACGUUAUUUAACAGUCAUUGAACAUUCUAUCUGUUGUUUUUUGUUUUUUAAAAUCAGAUUUUAAUCUGGAUUUUCUCUGUGGCAGAGAUAAAAGUCCACUCCCCAAAUAGUAAAUGACCGCCUACAUUCCCACUUUGUUUUGAACCCUCUUUCCUUUUUGGGAGCCUGUUGUGUUUUUUUGUUUUUUUUCAGAGGAAGAUUAGGCCUCCAAGCUUUUUAAUGUUUUAUUAACUGUGCUAAGAACAACCAGAAGCUGUAGAGCUUCUUCUAUUACCUUUACUGUAUGCUUUUAUAUAAACUUGCAAGCUCAAUAAUCUAUAAUCUCAGGUAUUGAAAGCACAGAAAGCUCUAGAAGGACAUAUCUCCCAUUGCAGUUCCCCUCCUCCCACUUCUGUCUCACACCAAAGGUUAGGAGCCACGCUGGGAAUAUGGAGGACCAGUCUCGCCUCAUGUCGGGUCACAUGGGACCAACAGGACAGUCCCGGGAGAACGUGUGUGACCCUGGCGGCAUAAGGACACACCGUGACCUCGGCCAGACACAGCGGGACAUUGGUGAGAUCCUCCAGAAGAUCAUGGCCAUCACAGAUGAGAGUCUGGAGGAGGCCCAGGCCAGAAAACACGCGUUAAACUGCCACAGACUGAAGCCCGCCCUCUUCGGCGUCCUGUGUGAGGUGAAAGAAAGGACGGCUCUGAACAUGGGCGACAUCAAGGAUGAGACUCCUCCAGACCCUCAGGUCAUGCGACUGGACAACAUGCUGAUAGCUGAGGGUGUUGCAGGUCCCGAGAAGAGCGGGGCCUCUGCAGUGGCGGCGGUGACAGCAGCAGCUUUUGCAGCAGCAGCAGCAGCUGGAGGAACGCCUGACGAUGAGGACGCAGAGCAGGCAGACUACAGAGAGAAGCUCGCUCAGAUACGACAGAUCUACCACACUGAGCUCGACAAAUACGAACAGGCAUGCCGGGAAUUUACCAGCCAUGUGAUCAACUUACUAAGGGAGCAGUCCCGUUCACGACCCAUCUCAUCCAAAGAGAUCGACCGAAUGGUGGAAAUCAUCCAGCGCAAAUUCAGCAGUAUCCUGACCCAGUUGAAGCAGAGCACGUGUGAAGCAGUCAUGAUCCUUCGCGCCAGGUUUUUAGAUGCCAGGAGGAAACGUAGAAACUUCAGCAAACAGGCCGUAGAGAUUUUGAAUGAAUAUUUUUACUCCCACCUGGCAAACCCCUACCCCAGUGAGACGACCAAAGAAGAGCUGGCCAAGAAGUGCUCCAUCACCGUCGCUCAGGUGGGCAACUGGUUUGGGAACAAGAGGAUUCGCUAUAAGAAGAACAUUGCCAAGUACCAGGAUGAAGCGAGUGUGUAUUUCAUGAAAGCAGCUGAGGACUCUGCAAGUGUGUCGUCCCAGGACAGUCAGCUCAACUCUCCUGUCACACCAAACUCAGGUUGGUGAUGGCUGGUUGGCGUGACAGUGGGUGAUGUCCCUCCUCCCAUCGCCAAAUGAUUCUGUACUUUGUCCCUCCCUUCAUCCUCGUCCAAUUAACACAAACUCUGUGGACUGACCUCCAGCUGAGCUGUGAGCAAACUCUACAGCGUUCAUUGAACAUAUUGCUUCGUGGUGCUGAUCGCUCAUGAGUCUCCCUUUCACAUUGUAACCACUGUUUGGACACUUUCAGAUAAAACGGAACUAUUGCUCUUUGUUUAUCUUCAUUAAUAGAUCAGUGAUGAAGAGUCAGAGUUUGUAAAUGGCCUUGAGUCACAUCCUGGAUUCAAGGUUUUGUCUCAGACAGUAAAGCCAGUCACUACUACAGUAGAUUAGGGUCGAAUUUGCAUGUUAAACUAGUUUUUUAAGUUGAAGUAGAAAGUAGGUUGUUUGAAUAAACACAUUAUCACUCUUUUACAAGAA